UCAGCGGAAAGAACCAAUGAAGUUGGCUUUGUCAUGUGAUCAGCUGUGUCCAAUCACAGCUGAUCGCUGAUCAUCAGUGUAUCCCCAUCAGUGCCACCUGUCAGUGUCCAUCAAUGCCACCUGCCAGUGCCCAUCAGUGCCACAUCAAUGCCACAUAUCAGUGCCUACCAGUGCACAUCAAUGCCACAUAUCAGUGUCCAUCAGAGAGCUGCCUUUCAGUGCCGCCUAUCAGUGCUGCUAAUCAGUGCCAGUCAGUGCUGCCUGUCAGUGCCACCUAUCAGUGGCCAUCAGUGCUGCCUAACAGUUCCGGUCAG